AUGCAGCAUUUAACCAGACGUCUGCUCCGUCGCGGUCCUUCGCCGCCUCGCACGUUUGCUACGUCAGGGUUCAGACUCAUCCCGCCAUCUGAGAAAGUGGAGGAGGAGACGCUUGCUUGGUAUACCCCGGCCUCUUUUUACCCCGUUCGCAUUGGCGAAAAUUUUCAAGACCGCUAUCAAGUUGUUUCAAAGCUUGGCUAUGGAACCUCUGCUACCGUCUGGCUUUGUCGCGACCUUCGGCAUCAUUCGUACGUGGCACUCAAAGUUUGUGUCCCUGGCUAUCCCAGCGUGGCGCGUGAGAAGGCAGCAUUCGCGCGCCUGGCAUCGCUCGGUACUCCUCCAAUCCUACAGAAGUCACUCGGCCACUUCACAAUCAAUGGUGCUUCCGGGAGCGUACAUGACUGUUUCGUGCUGGAAGCGCUAGAGUUCAAUAUCAACUUGUGCAGAGCGUUCCUCCCGGGCCAACUGUACGACUUGGUUCUUUGGCGCCGGGUCGCUCGAGAGGUGAUACAAGCCCUGGAUUUCCUUCACUCGAAGGCUAAGAUUAUACAUUGCGACCUUCGUCACGAGAAUAUCUUGAUGCGCGGCUUCAAUGACAAGAUCCACCAAGGGAUGGAGUCAAUAGAGGCAGCACGACCGUCCGCGCGGAAGAUCGACGGAGACAGGGUGGUCUACGAGACUCCGGAUCGUGUUCCCUUCCCGAAGGAAGGCUUCAAGUGCGCCGUCUUGUGCGACUAUGGGGAAGCCCGCUGCAGUGAUGCAGGCAAUACAUAUACAGACGAUAUACAGCCAUUCCUGUACCGUGCUCCCGAGUUGGCCCUGGGUAUACCUUGGUCAUACCCCGUCGACAUAUGGAAUGCUGGCGUAAUGCUCUGGCAUCUUUUCGAGAACAAGAGUCUCUUCAAUCCGUAUAACCAACAGGGACGGGAGUCUAACGGACUACAUAUUCAUGAGAUGAUGGAGAUCAUGGGCGACCCGUCGCCCGAAUUCGUCCGUCGCUCGAUAAUCACCGAUCAUUCUUGUUUCGAUGAAAAUGGUCUGUGGAAGCUACAGAGAAUCAAACGCAAGAAAGAGAGGUCUUUAGAAUCGCUGGAGACUCAACUGGAAGGCGAGGAGAAAGCAGAAUUCCUACGGUUCAUGAGAAGGAUGCUGCAAUGGGAGCCGGAGAAGAGGGCGACAGCAGCGGAACUUCUUCGAGACCCGUGGUUUUCCAAGGGCAGUGACUGA